AGGGAAGGGAAGGGGAGAGAGGCAGACGGCAGGCAGGCAGGCUCACCCAACCCCAAACACUGCAACAGUAAAAAGUCGUGAGGACAAACAGGGAAAAGAGAGUGUGAAGCCAGGAGGAGAAAAUGGGACAGGGGCAGAAAGGUUCCUCUGACAAGACGGAGGGCAAGAAGAAGAGACAUGACAGCCCGGCGCCAGAGGACGGCCAUAAGUGCAGGGUCUGUCGUUUCCCUCUGCUCGUCGCCCUGCUCCAGCUGCUGUUGGGGGUGGCUGUCACGGCUGUGGCCUUCCUUAUGUUGGCUAUCAGCCCCUCGCUCUUGGCCAGGGAGACGCCACAUUGGGCUGGGAUCAUUUUGUGUCUAGUCUCCAUCCUGGGCUUCAUCCUGUACUGUAUCACCUACCUGCCUGACGAGAGGACGUCUGCGCAAUUCAUUGCCAAGCUCCUGUACUUCGUCCUGUGCAUGAUCGGCCUGGUCAUUUCAGUGCUGGUCAUGUCGUUUGCCGGACACCACUACUCACAGACCAGCAGCUUCGCCUGCGAGCAGGCUGGACAAGACUGCGCGUGCACGCUGGACAAAGAAGACCCAAUAGCUCGCACCUUCGUCUACGAGGGGGUCGGCGACUGUGAGGUGAUCACAGGUACGCUCACCCUCUACUUCCUGCUCCAGAUCAUCCUGAACUUGGCCCAGGCGCUGGUCUGUGCCGCGGGGGCCUUCAUCAUGUGGAAGCACCGCUACCAGGUGUUCUUCGCCGGCCUUCAGAUCGGCUCCAUCUCCACCCAGCAGUGGCAUAAAGUUUAAAACUCUGCCGCCUGUGUGACUUCACCCCGAAGGACAGGAACAUUUGCCUUUUUGUCGUGUGCCUUAGCUGGUUUUCUUCCUUCUGUCAGUUACAUUAAUAAGUUGUGGUGGAUGUACUAUAAUGGCUUUUUGCACAAAUUUUGUAUAUCAUAGAGUUAACUUUGUCGACAACUUCUUGAAUGGAUAAAGAUGUAAAGACAACUGGACUACUUUUGAAAAACAAAAAGUUAUUUGUGUGUCACAGUAAUGGAUUUUUCACCAUGUUUUAAAUGACCUCAACAUUUGCCCUCCUGACAUCCAGCUGACAUACAACCACAGUGCUGCAACCAAAACAGCUCUUUUGUUCAGCAUCCCCCCCAAAACAUCGACACAUUCGAAGAAAAAUUUCCUUUGGUUUGAAUUAGUGGGAUUUAUCGAUCAUGAUUAGUUGCUUCUGUGACACUUUAGGCGCUACACUGAAUCAUUGUGUUCUCAAUUUAUGAUUUGUAAAGGUUACAUGAUACCGCCUCGAGCAGCAGAAAGCAGCUUUCACUCAACGAAAAGGUCAAACAUUAAACUAAACGCGACAGGAGAUAUUAGUAAGAUAUCCUUUUUGAUCUCAGUUUAAUAAAACGCUCCAUUACUUUAUUGCUUUGUGCUCAUAUAAUCACAUUGUAUUGAAGUUUUUAUUCUGCUUUGUUUGCAGCUUAUUUUUAGACUGUUGGAAGCAAGGGGGGGAAAAAAACAUUUUUGUAGCGAGAAAAGGCAAUUUGGUGGAAUCAUUUCAUGCGUAAUCUCAGUUUUGACUCAUUUGUUACUGUAUAAACAGAGAUUGAGUAAAAUUCCUGAAGAAAAAACAACAGCGAAUUAGUUUUUCGGCUGAUAUAAGUAAAGCCCAGACAGUCCAGUGCGCUAAAAACUGAUCCUGACAGGCAGUAACACAACCUGGGCAGACUACACUUCAUGAGACUGGAACCAGACUGAACUGGGCUGUGGCUUGCGAAGGUGGAUGCCAGGCCAGUAGCCAGCAUGACUCAAACAGCCUGUAGGCAGCCACAAAGGGAGGGAGGAGAGAGCUGGGGUGAGGAAAGGGGGACUCAGACAGGCAGCUGGACUGAAGUAUAGCUUCAUGCUUUCACUGUGCUCGCGUUUCUUUUCAUCCACAAUUUUAGCUUUGUGUUUUAAAAAUACAGGCUGAGAUUUCUUUCAUUAUUACUCUCACCUGAGGUGCUGACAGCAGUCGCCCACAGUCUGCACCUGCCGAGCGGGGAAUGGUAAACACGAUGCCGUUUCCAUAGCGAAUUAGACAGAAAACGCACCCGGAGGUACAGUGUAACUCGUGCAGUGUUACAUCUGUUUAGUCGAUGACGUUUGAUUGACUGAAGGUAAUAUGGAAAUCAUUUCUCACAGAAGCCUUAAGUGUGAUAUUUGAGAGCGCAGCAUGUGGAUAAAAAAAAAAGAUGCCAGUACAUGCAUUUCCUCUUUUGAGACCGUCGUAUCGUUUGUGGUUACAAAUACAAGGUAUUUUAUAAGUUGCUUGCUGUUUCCUUUUUUCCCCGUUUUGCCAACACACAUAUAAAUUCAAGGCCAAAAUGUCAAACAUAUUCAAAUCAAUAAAUUGACUUUUGCAAUUAA